GGCUGAAGCACCAGCUCUGUCGCGGGAACGUCCCACGCCUUUUGGCCUUCAGGCCAAGUUCAAUCGUCGUGUUCUUUGCAGACCAAUCGUGUCCUUGAUCUUCGUCGUUGAAACCCGGCGGGGUUGAGAAAUCCGGCUGGACCUACUAGCGGGGAUGUUCCAGCUUCGUGCAGCGAGGUUUGACAGCCGUAAGGCGUCCGGUGGAGGUGUGAUUAGUGAAAAUUAGUAGCCAUUGCUGCAUCCAAAAGUUACCGCACAAUGAACCACACGGACCGGGUUGCUGACGUCGGGCCGGACGUCGGGAACGUCCCCGGGACGGCACCCGAUACCGCCGGCGGACAUCUGGAUCUGGCGUUGGGGGUCGGCACGAUGAACGUGACCACUGCCGAGCGGUGCCGACUGCAGCAGCAGGCCGAGGAGCUACUCCAGGACGUUUCCUGUCCGUCCUUCUUCGACAUGGUGUCCUGCUGGCCCCGAACACCGCCCGGAACGUUGGCCGUGCUGCCGUGCUUCUCCGAGUUCAAGGGCGUCCAGUACGAUACUUCGCAUAAUGCAACCCGAUUCUGCAACGACGAUGGCUCGUGGGAUAACUACACGGACUACGAUAGCUGCCAGCACCUGGACCAGGCAUCGCCGGUGCCUGGGUUCGAGCCGGGUAUCGAGCUCCCGACGCUGAUCUACUUCGUCGGCUACUCGAUUAGCCUGGCGGCCCUCGUGCUGGCCGUGGCCGUACUGGUCUACUUUAAGGAUCUCCGCUGCCUACGGAACACCAUCCACAUCAAUCUGUUCCUCACCUACAUCAUGUCCUCGGUGCUGUGGAUACUCAUCCUGUCGCUGCAGAUCACCGUCAGGCUGGAAGUGGGCGGAUGCAUUUUUCUCGUGACACUCUUUCACUACUUCAGUGCGACCAACUUUUUCUGGAUGCUAGUCGAAGGUCUCUACCUCUACAUGCUGGUGGUGCAAACGUUUUCCGGAGACACCCUACGCUUCCGGAAGUACGCCCUUAUCGGAUGGGGAGGUCCUCUGAUAUUCGUCGGUGCUUGGGCCGUCGCGAAACCAUUCUUCAGCCCGUGGGCCGACUUGGAACAGCCGAACAAACUCGAAAUAGAAUGCUCGUGGAUGCGUGAAUCUCACAUCGAUUGGAUCAUCCAGGGCCCGUCCUGUGCGGUGUUGGUUAUCAAUCUCAUCUUUCUGCUGCGUAUUAUGUGGGUUCUGAUCACGAAACUUCGUUCGGCCAACACCGUCGAGACGCGCCAGUAUCGGAAGGCUUCGAAAGCGCUGCUCGUGCUGAUCCCGUUGCUGGGCAUCACCUACCUCAUCGUCAUCUACGGUCCGGUCGAAGGCGUUGGCAGCCACAUAUUUGCCACGACCCGGGCCCUACUGCUCAGCACACAGGGUUUCGUCGUGUCACUGCUGUACUGCUUUCUGAACUCGGAAGUGCGCCAAACGUUGCGCCACCACUUCUACCGCUGGCGGGACGAACGGAACAUCCUGGCGGGCAAGGUGCCAUCGAACCACCACCGAAGGCCCACGUUUAGCAAAGACAAUUCACCCCGUUCGCGAACCGAAAGCACACGUCUGACAACCACCACCUCGGCACCAUUGAUUUGAUCCUGUUUUGUAAACACCGGUCCCACCGGUUCCGUUUGCUCGUUUUACAUUCAUAGCAAAGGUUUUCCCAAAUUUCCCGGCCGGAAUCGAUGAAUUUCCCACCCGUGCCAUGAUCGUGCACCACGGAGAAUUAACGUGUGAACAUGUUCCGAAAGUCGUCCAAAAAAUAGCAAAUCUUGUAUUAAUCGUAUUUGGCAUGAGGGCAGCAGUGAGACAAAUAGAUGGAUGAAAGUAUCUAGAUAUCAAAAAAAAAAAAAUCACCGCACCAUCAGGAUGUAAACAAUGGUCGGCUCCGGAGCCGUAAACAAUUUGGGCCCCAUAACUCAUCCCAUUGAUAGUCGGAACCGGGUCCGAUAGUAUUUCGCCGCACUCGCCGACCAUUCGACGUCGGCCUUGCGUGGCAUUCCGUGGGGCGUAAUUUAUGGCAUACGCGCGACGUGAGCCGCGGCCAGAGAAGAAAGCAACAGAAAAUCAUAACGUUAAUUCCAGUGGUGGCCAAAAUAUUUAUAAGAAUCCGGAAGAUGCAGCAUUCUCCGUGGCCCGAUGAGAAAACACGCAACGCGCACUCGCCAAAUAGAUAAAACGAUGUUAGUUUCUAGUUUUUUGUAAGAGAUGUGUCCGUAAGCGAAUCUUUCUCCGUAGCGAUCCGACACAAACGCAUUUUUUAAAUGUACUUCUGCUGUGAAUAUGUUACAAAUAUAAUAAUACUACAUC